AAAAGAAGGCCGCUCGCCAAAAUACCGGAGCCGUGCAUUUUUGAUCCUUCGGAUAAGUACAGCUUGGUAGUAACCAUCGGCAACUACAUCUAGAUAGAUUGCUCGUUCUUUGUCCUUUCUGCAGUAAGCAACGAAAAAAAAGUGGAUGGUCCCGGAUCGCGAGCAUUUUGCCUUUCAGAACCAAACGUCCCGAUCCUGCGCGAAGUGGUGCGCGGGCGGUGCUGCGGAUCCUUCGGACAAAGACGUCAUAUCAAAUGUAAAAGUGUCUGGGUCUGGAAGAUUGCCAGGUUUGGUUGGUUGGUUGGUUGGGUAGCGCCUGUCGCCGGUGCAGGUCCCGCCCUCCAUCGAUUGCGAUCCGGAAUAGCCGGAACACAAGGCCCUAGUGGCACAAUCGAUCGACAUGUUUAUUUUGUAUGCACGGCCCUAGUGGAGGUUUGUCAUGCAUAUUUUGUAUGGCCCAUGAUGUCUGUGAUGCAUGCCCUAGCAUCACAUAUUUUUAGAGGAGUUUGCGAUGCCUCUACCGCAUGAGAAAUGCCCUCUUCGCGUAGCACUAAGUGGAGUGCUCUUGCUGGUCAUGCAAUACACAUUUUUUUAGAAUCCAGAGACAGCAUUACAAGUUUGGAAUCUUCUAGACCCAGACAUUUUUGCAAUUCAUACGUCAGUAUGGGCUCCGAUUUCUCCUCGUUCUUGCAGCGGGACGAGAUGUCUCAAAUUGACCUUUUAUCCUCGGUAAAAACGUACCCACACCAGAGUCAGGAUGGGGAUUUUGCAGCACAAACAUAGGAUUUUUGUGAGUCACGCAUGACAAGUUGCACUCUGCAGUGUAGUGCAGGUUCGCAAGGCCACCUGCGUCAGAAAUCCAUCUACUCAUCCUGUUUACAGCAUUACAAAUUUCAAAACACGAUUGGAAAUGGCUCUCAUGCGGAUGCGCAUUACAAAUGGUCCUGUCAUUGCAAACCUGCAUUACAACUCUGGUGUGGGUACGUUUUUACCCAGGAUACCUUUUCGAGCUUGACGACCCCAAGCUGUCGCCCGACGCCCAGGGCAGGAGGACCGCGAUCCGGGAAAGGAAGUUCCGGUAUUAUACGUCUUAUUGGUUCCUCAAUGAAAUGAUCAAACGAAAAGAACAAAGUAGGCUACUUACAACUUGAUACGAUGCCCGAGGACAAGUGGUUCCGCACCUUUGAUUCGCAUGCAAUACCGAUUUGUCGCCUCCAGGACCUCUUUCAGUAAGUGGCCCUUUCGUGAAGGAGCAAAAGUUGCAGCAGAAGAAAUCCUGAUCCAGCAGAUGAAAAUACAAAUCUGAAGAUCCUCUGUGCUUAUCACAUGAUGCUCCAUCCCCCCACAUCAAAACAGGAAACUUGCCGACGAGAUGAUUCGUAGUGACGCGCACACGUGUUUUCUGCUUCCAUACCUGAAGAAAGUCCCCCUCGACAAUACGGAGUCGAUCGCCCCGGGCGAAUUCGUCGAGCCGAAACCGACCUGGUCGCCCGCUUUCGUCGAAAUGCUUGAGGAAAACGCCGCGCAGCUGAAAAAUAGCAAAUCGAACAAAGUGACGCUUGCGCCACUGAACACAAUAACGUUGCCCACCAACAACGUGGUGAGUGCCGCUACGAUCAACGAAAUUUCGAAAACAAACCCGCUGACGCACGCCGGGCUGGAGACGAAAUCGACCGCCGCACCCCCGACGCCGCCGGAGGAGAGUAACAAAAACUUGAAGAGCGCAAAUCGAGACUUGAUGAAAAGCACCAUGUCGUUGCAAAGCACGGCUGACGCCACCGCAGAAGAAAGCCCGGCCGUCGAUCCGUUGCUCGAUAGCAGCGGCAUGAUGGAGGGAGUAUCGAACAGCGAUGGCGGUCCUGUCGGAGUAGAACAGUCAUCCUCUAGCUCAAAAAUUAAAGAUCCUGUCUCCAGCAAUGAUCUUCAACAGCCUGGGGCCGGGUCGAAAGGCUUGUCGCAGAAUUGUACUACGACGAAAACAAGCACAGCCUCAGUAUCCACCAAGAUCCAGAAGCGGGGCAUCCCAAUAAAGUAUUUUACGGAACACGAGAACCUGCGCUGGCAGUGGGAAGACGCUUCAGGUGAGAUAAAGUAUGCGAAUCUAAUCGGUGUGGCCGCCGGCCGCGUCUCGGGGAGUGGCGGCGUCAACGACAAUCGCGCAAUGAACGGGAGCUGGGGCGGAACUUUCGGGUUAACGAACUUUAGAUGAAGCGAUUCGUUUACUUUUAUCACCUGUUCUUGAUAGGUUUCAUUUUGAUUUUCGCCGCAUCUUCGACUACCUGCGCCGCCUCCCUGCAUCGCCGUGCAGCACAAAAAAUUGAUGUUAACUUUAGAAUGAACCGACCACGACCUGUCAUUGAUUCAGAGCGACCACCACAAAAACGAAAGUCUUUUUCAUCCAUCGUGCGACACACAGUUGUAUCUGUACCAGCACAUCAAACUUCUCAAACUGUCUGAAGGUGGACACGGU